CGGCUCGGCGCUCGGCCGGCGGCGCCUGCCCACGUGGUGGUUUCCGGCGAGCUGGGCGCCGAAGGCAGCGGCCCGGGCAGCCCCCGCAGGCCGCGGAACCCGCAGCCAUGUCCUCUCUGCUCGCCAAGGACGCCUACCUGCAGAGCCUGGCCCGGAGGAUCUGCGCGCAGCCCAGCCGGGAGCCGCAGGCGCGCGGGCCGGCUGGCAAAACUCGAGGCUCAGAAGUUGUUGGGCCCCCAAAAAAGAAAAGGAAGAAAGCGCAAAAGAAAUCCCAGGAGCCGGAGGUGAAGGCUGUGGAGUCGAAGGCCAAAGCCCUGGGAAAGAAGUCUCCAGCAGCUUCCAGAGCCAGGAAGCCAGGUGCAGCCAAGGACGAAGAGGCCUCCAGCUCCACCGGGGCCCCUGCAGAUGGCCUGGCCGCAGAGCCUGAUUCUUUCUUUGCCCUGGAUGUCCUGCGGCAGCGGCUGCAUGAGAAGAUACAGGAGGCGCGGGGCCAGGGCAGCACCAAGGAGCUGUCUCCAGCCACUCUGGAGAAAAGACGACGGAGAAAGCAGGAGCGGGACCGGAAGAAGCGGAAGCGCAGGGAGCUGAGAGCAUCGGCGAAGGUGGCGGCCGCAGUGGAGGCUGCGCAGCCGCCCCCAGGGGCGCCGCGCGAGGAGCAGCGGCCGCAGCCGGGGCUGCUCUUCAACAAGGUGGAGGUGGGCGAGGAGGAGCCGGCCGGCAAGGCGCAGCGCAGGAGGGCGAAGAGGCAGAGGCUGAAGGGGAACUCGGCGCCGCUGACGGGCAGGAACUACCGGCAGCUGCUGGGGCGCCUGCAGGCGCGGCAGGACCGGCUGGAGGAGCUGCGGCACCGGGACGAGCGCCGGGCGCGCGAGCUGGAGGCCAAGCUCAGGUGGACCGACCAGCUGCACAAGGCCGAGGGCGUGCGCGUCCGCGACGACGCGCACCUGCUGCAGCGGGCCCUGCGGCGCAAGGAGAGGCGGCGCGCACAGCGGCAGCGCCGGUGGGAGAAGCGCACGGCGCACGUCGUGGAGAAGAUGCAGCGGCGGCAGGACCAGAGGCGGCAGAACCUGCGCAGGAAGCGGGCGGCCCGGGCCGAGCAGCGCCUGGAGAGGGCGCGCAGGAAGGGCCGCGUGCUGCCCCAGGACCUGGAGCGGGCUGGCCUGGUCUGAGGCUGCCGCCCGGCCGCCCUCCUGCAGCCCCAUGACUCCAUCGGGGGCUUGGGGACUUCCGAAUCAUGGGACUGCAGGCACAUUCCCGGGCCGUGGGACGGGCUCCUUGGCACAGCCUGGGUGCUGUCACCCACCUCGCAGGCUUGUGAGGGCUCGGGUCAUGCGUGUGCAGGGCAGUGUUGAGAGUGGGGCCCAGACCUGAGGGCAGCUCCCAUCCUCUUUGGAGGCCAGGAAGCUCCCUGGAAGUUUGCAGGGUGAGGGUCUUGGGGGCCCUUCCCUGGCCUCUUCCUGCCCCACGUUCGCAGGAGGGAAUGGCCCUGUCAGUCCAGAACUCCCCUGGAAGGGGUGGAAAUUCAACCGUAGCCUGAACCAAAGGAGGGGCCCACCCUAUUGGUUAUAGGAAUUGAGUUAUCCUAAGGGUUUUAGGAAAGGUCAAAAUUACAGAGUUUAACUUAAACACAUUCGUUAAAGAUUCUAAGAUCACCACCAAGAGACAGUAAGUGCUUAAACUAGGGGGAAGGAAAAAACAAACAGAACAGGGUAGGAAGAAGAAAAUCUAGAAGAGGGUGUAAGAGCGAAAGCCUAGCACUGCUGGUGCUGAGUGGGAGGUGCAAAGAGAUGUGGCAGGAUUACAUCCCAACCGCGGGCCACCGGAUGAGUGCAGGCUGCGGCACUGAUGAGUUUUAUGGUGUGUGGGUUACAUUUCAAUAAAGCUAUCUAUAAAAUUCU